CUUACUAAGGUGGUUUUUGGGGGGGGUUGGGGGGGGGGGGCGGGGGAGGGCUAGCUUUGGUUGCACCCAUAGGGUGGGAAAUCCAAAUAACAAAGCCUGGAUCCGCAUCGGUAUAAAAAAAAAUAGAGAAUGUCACGUGAUAUCUCAUGUGAUUGGCCAAAAUGUCAGCUUCCAUGUCAUACUCGCUGGCUUUAGCGGCGAUUUCUCAAACUAUCUAUGUUAUUAACGGGUUUGGGUCUAUUUCACACGGAAUUAUAAGCAACAGGGCCUCGGUUUACUUCGAUGGAAAAGGAGAAAAUGAAAUGCACUGGAAGAUUGUGCAGGACAACCCGGAUGGUUUGUUCGCAGGGAGUGUUUACCCAGAUGUGUUUUACGAUCCUCAGUGCAGUGAAGGAAACUACAGCUUUGUAUCAGAUGUGACAAAAUCUUCCGCUUUCUUGAAUGGAACUGUGAACUACAUACAUCAGAAGUACCCGAAGCCCUGGAGCAAUGUAACAGAAAAACUGGUAGCCUUUCUAUACGGAGUUACAUCCCAUCAUGUGGCCCACUCCAUGUGGUACGGAGAGGACUUACUACAGCAGGGUUUCCUCGAUAUGAUGGCAAAAUUAAAUUUUCAUGGAAAUUUUGAGGAAACAGCUCUUUUUGCUGAAUUAGGAAGUGAUGUUGUGUUAGCAUAUGAUCUCAACCUGGACCACAUCAAACCGUUUCUUGAAUGGUUUGUGCCUGUGAGUGACUUGGUCAACAUCUAUGCAAGUUUGCUUGGUGAAGGAAAAGUUCCACAUGAAGUGAUAGAAAACUGCACUGUAACAAGACUGAUUUUUUUAUUGAAAGAAAAAAUCAAAGUUUCUGAGUACUAUGCAGAGGUGGCUCCACGCAGCCCCUUCCUGGUGACCCAGCUGCUGGAUUAUUUCCCGGGGGGUGUGGACGACUGCGUAGGAUGGGUGAGAAGAAAGUGGCAGGAUCUUACUCUGAUGUUGGAGAAUGGCACCAGUCUCUGUACGACGUCCUCCAGUCCGCUCCGGCCUCACCCCAGUACAACACACCGACACCUCGGGGGGAGAACGAGGGAUUGCCAGGAUGCCAAGUCCCAGACCUUCACUCGCGUGAAUGGACCCGUUGAUCUCACCCAUGUGCAUCAGUUUUCCUGGGAAGGCAGUAUUCAGCUUUUACCAACAGAUAUAUACUGGGAACAACUCGCAUUGGUGCAGGAUGCAAAUACCGGUAAUCAAAAGAAGAGUUCGCGUGACCUAGACUACAUCGGAGACUAUUAUGUCAACAACUCCUUUGCCAAGUUAGGCUGGGCUCUGACUAAUGGUGAUGUCGACUCAGAUGGAUUCACAGAUUUGAUUAUUGGAGCGCCUGGAUAUUCGGCAGAAAAUUCUCCACAAAGAGGCAAAGUUUUUACUCUGUUUGGAAACAAAAGUGGUUUGGCAGGAUUUGGGUAUAUUGCAGUCAAUCUUGAUAACACAACAUUAAAUUGCACAGGACAUCUAGACUCUCCAUCAAAUCAACCGUGUAGAUUUGGUUCAAGCUUAGCUGUGGCAGACAUUAAUAUAGAUGGAGUUCUGGAUGUUGCUGUCGGAGCACCUGCCUACAGUAAUGAAGAAAUCAAUCCAAUAAAAUAUAAUGGUGCGAUAUUUGUUUUCUAUGGAACACCAGGAAGCAGACACUUUGCUGAACCCAAUAUAACCAUCUCUUGUCAGUCGGACAUGUGUCGCCUAGGGAGCUCGCUCGGUGUGGAUGAUGUGAACGGAGAUGGCCAUCCUGAUAUUCUUAUUGGGAAUCCUUUCUACUCACCAACAGACAACCAAACAGGGGUUGUCACAGCUUUAAUGUCCAGUCAGGCCUAUAGAGAUCAAGAGAAUAUUUCAUUUGAAGAUCUGAUAGAAAGAUGGAAACUCCUUGGCCAUCAGAAUAAUGGCUGGUUUGGUGAAUCUGUAAGAGGGAAGAAUGGCGUAGUGAUGACAAGUGAACCCUAUUACAGAAAGUGUGCAUUACUAAACUGCACCUUAAACUCUGAGGACCUGCAAUCUGCUGGUGCUGCUAUUAUUACGAACAUCGCCUCAAAAGUAAAACUUCCAAACCUAACCCUGAACGGCCGUGAGGAAUUUGACUUGACCGGUUACAGCAUGGACUACGGAUUUCCGUACAACAACUCCUCCCUGAUUCUGGCGGUCAGCGUACCAGGAGCCAUGGUCUACGGAGAAAUAUUGACCAUCCCAGUACAACUGAGGUGGAGCGGGACUGUGAUUCUCUUCAACGUCACAAGUGAGGGCCUGGUACAAGUGGCACACUUCGAUGGUGACAGGAAUUUUGCCCUGUUUGGAUCAUUUAUCAAGUUUGCUGAUUUGAAUGGAGAUGGGUUUGAUGAUUUGCUAAUCGGAGCGCCACUGCAUUCAGAUGACUGGACUGACCUAAUCCCAAGAGCCCUCAACAUAGAUGAAGAUGGAAGGCUGUACAUUUUCUACGGAGGCAGCAAGUUUCCCACCGGCAAUGCAACCUAUACAAAAGACUGUCUAGGCUUUUCCCCGUGCCCAUGGAAAAUGGCAGGAGAUAUGAUUAUUCCUGUGAGUCCCAAAGCCUACGUAGGAAGAGUGGCUGAAAUUUUGGAGUAUCCGACUCUGGUAGUAGGAAAAUCAAGUAGGCAGUAUACAGACCGAACUGUUGGGGCUAGGACCAUCAAACUUGGUACACAUACACCUUAUGACAAACUUGGUGGUAUCGGCCGUGCGGAGUACGGACUACUAUAGGGGAUUCCCCCACACAGGCUCGAUCUACAUCUACACAUUCCACAAACAGCAGCAGAAAAAGCCACAUUAAAAAACAAAUCGUGCUUCACAAAAUAGUUCACAGACUGUACAUAUUAUGUGAAAAGGACUUGUACAGGCUAUGCCUACUGUCUAAUCCAUUUAUAUGCUUCAUACAUAAUAAAAUAUUGUAUAAAUCAGAA